UGUUUUUUAGUGGAAAGAAAUAACCCAAAAGGAUAACAAGGUAGCUAAGCUUCGUCUUCCUAGCACACAAAUUUUAUAUGUGAAGGACGAAAUGACCCUUUCCAGAAACAACCCUUCUCUGCUCUAAGCCUCUAAUUAAGACCACUUUCGCAAUUGCUUGAGAAUUGAAAGAACAGAAUAGAAGAAAAAUGGCUGCCCCUGCCUUGCAAGUGCAUUUCGCCUCUCUAUCCUUCAAACUCAGAGAAACCUCUGUAGCUCAAUCAUCGAAUUACCAAAAACCUAUAUCGUUUCCCUCCUUGAAGAAAUCCAUUUCACUUUCUCGCGCCAUAAAUCCGUCGGAAUCGGCACCCUCGACGUCUGCACUUGAAAAGCCUGAAAUCGAGCUCGAAUUCAUAGGACCAAAACCAGGGUCGGAUGGAUCGUAUCCAGUAGAGAGGGCUUCGGCGAUCAGUGGAGAGAAGUUGCUGAGGAAUAUCAUGCUGGAUAACAAGAUAGAGCUCUACGCUACCUAUGGGAAAGUGAUGAACUGUGGAGGUGGUGGAAGCUGUGGAACCUGCAUUGUAGAGGUUAUUGACGGCGAGGAUUUGUUGAACGAAAGAACAAACACUGAACUCCGUUACUUAAAGAAGAAACCCCAGUCUUGGAGACUUGCUUGUCAAACUAUUGUUGGGAACAAGGAGAAUUCUGGAAAGGUUGUCAUCCAGAGAUUGCCCCAGUGGAAGAAAUGAUCGUAAACAAAGAGAUUGGUCAUGAAAGAAAAAGAUGCACAACAAAUGAGUGGAGCAUAGAAUGAGUCCAAGAGAGAAUCCAGCCAAUGGUUUUCAAAAUUUUAAGCUUAGUAGCUCCAUUAGAAAGAUGAUCAGAUACAUGCACAUUCUGUAUAUUAUAGAUAUUAUACGAUUAAAAUUAAAAUGCCCAUGAUUUAAAACCAGGGCAUCUACUCAUAAAGAGGUCUGGGUUGCCUCAA